UACAAUCAAUCUCCAACUACCUCCAUCUCCUCUCACGUUUCUCACAUUUCUUCACCCUCCCUCCUCCUCAUCUCUACCUCUCCACAUCCACCACCGAUGUCAGAUAUCACCAGCCUCAGCUCCGACGUGACGGAGCUGAUCCUCUCCUACCUCCCCAUCCCAACCCUAGUCCGAGUCUCCACCGUCUGCAAGCUCUGGCAAUCCAUCAUCUCCUCCUCGACCUUCUCCGCCACGCAAACCCAAUCCCACCCUUGGUUCUUCCUCUACGGCAUCCACAACACCUCCUCCAAGAACAACCAGUCCUUUGCCUUCGACCCUCUCUCCAACCGUUGGCUCCGCCUCCCCACCCCGACCUUCCCUCCUCACGUCCAUUACUCCCACUCCUGCUUCCUCGGCGCCAAUGGCUUCUUCCUCAUCACCGCCCCAAACUUCACCUACUCCCGCAUCCUAAAGCGCUCAUGGCGCCCCACCUCCCCUCUUCACUUCUCCCGCAUCAACCCUCUUCUCGGCGUUUUCGACUCCUCCUCUGCCUCUCUCCCCAACUUCAUCGUCGUUGGCGGUGUCAGAUUCAUCGGCAACCUUGUUGACAUCGAGGACCGCCUGGCCGUCGAGAUCUACAACCCCGACUCCGACUCCUGGCAGCUCGGUCCUCCUCUCCCUGCUGAUUUCAGAUCCGGGAACUCCUCCCAGUCCUUAUCAUCCGCUCUCUUUAAAGGCAGGUUCUACGUCUUUGGCAUAUACUCCUGCUUCAUUUCAUCCUUUGAUCUACGCACCAAUGCCUGGAGCGACGUCCAGACUCUCCGCCCGCCUGGUGUUGUUUUCUCUUUCUUGAUUGGUUGCCGGGACAGGCUUGUUCUGGCCGGAAUCUGCAACGGGCCUCUCGGAUCAUCGUUCAACUUGUGGAGGAUCGAGGAGGACACGAUGGAGUUCAGUGAGAUUGCGAUCAUGCCUCAGGAGUUGCUGUGUAGCUUGUUUGAGGGGGAUGAGGAGGAUAAGUUUGCGAGCUUGAAAUGCGUUGGGUUGGGAAAUCUUAUCUAUGUGUUUAAUGAAGAGUACCAUAAGAAGUAUCCAGCUUGUGUUUGCGAGAUUAGCAGUGAGACUGGGAAGUGUAGCUGGAGGCGAGUUCCUCAGUUGCCUUCACCUGUGAAUAAGUUUCACCAAGUUAUAAGCUUUUGUUCUACGGUUUCGCUCAAUAGUAUUCUUCAGGCUGAGGAAGAGGGAGACGUUGGUCCGGUGCAGCUUAUGGAUGACUGAACGAUUCCAUACCUGCACUGCAGCCUAAACAAGCAAGAUUCAACCGUGAUCUGGAAAGAAGUUUGAUUGAUGUGUAUUUAUAUAGUCGUGUAGAUAAUGCUGGAGUACUGUAGUAUCUUCAUCAGCUCGCACCUAGCCAACUGCCCUUUGUUUAAACAAGGUUUAAGAAGCUUCCAUGCUGCUGAUCGAUGGAGAAUUGGAAUCACGUAUGGCAGAAGUGCAGAACUAACAUCUGUGCUAUCUAGCUAUUCUGUCGUUUCAGUGCAUUAAGACAUCCUUGGAUGUAUGUAACAAGUUGUGUUAUUACCCUCUGUCAAGUGUCAGUGAUCUGAUGCAACUGUACCUAUCGAGUAAACAUAUAUAUUAUCAAAAAAAAAAACAUAUAUAGGUACUACUUUACUACUUGUGGACCUAAUUCAUCGUAAUAUUUGUCCAAUAUAUUAUC